AAUUCAAACGAACUAUUGGAAUUUUUUCAAAGUCCUGAUGCGAGUUCUGCGGAAUCCAUCUAUCUGGAUGACCGACAGCCCACCGUCAUCCUGGAUGCCCUUUCGCAAACAUCUCGUUACGUGUAUUUCUUGGGUCGGAGUGUAUUAAGCACUCAGUACGCGCAGUUUGACUGUAAGACCGCGCCGCGUCCCUCAUCUUCAGCCGCGCUCAAGGAAAUUCGUCUGUGUUGUCGUGAAGAUACCUCAAAAGCAGCUAAUUGUCACCAGCUAGAGGACAGGCCUAAACAGGGCAAAGUGAACUGCGGCCAGCUCACUGUCGGAUACACUCUCUGGUCCCGUGAAGGUGCCUCUUUCAACAUCACCUUUUCACCGAAUAAGGAACGUCCUGCCGCCCACAAUGGCCUCAUCUCAUGCGCUCUAUCUGAUGGUGAAUCCGUCAUCGAGUCCAACGAAAUUGAGUUUCGAGAUGCCCUGUUCUAUGUGGACAAGUUGAACACCCAAAUCAGCAACAAUGUUCAACUUCGCUAUAGUCCCUUUUCGCCUGCAGACUUCCCACUGAAAUUUGAGUGCGGAAGCGACGUCGCCGCUAAAAUGAAGGACUGGCCUGCUUGGAUGCCUGCUGUCUGGCAAAAGGUAGUGCCAUUUGAGUGGGCUUUCUGUUCAGUUGAGGGUGGCACGGCGCCCGCCGGUUGUGCGGCCAGCAGCACGCUGGUCAAUGUUGGCGAGGGAAUUGCAACUAUGGAUGGUACCUUUUAUCUCCUCAGCGCGCAAUACCUGCGCUCAAAUCCGAAUAGCGCGAUCCAGGCUGAUCGUCUGGUCGCUCUUUCACCACAGUCACUUGACUUCCAGUUCUUGGAUGGCACCACGCUCAAUAAUUUCCAGUUGCAGGCCUUUUAUAGGCGACCCGCAGGGGACGCGGGCAAAAAUACCGCUUCCUCUUGGUACAAGGAUGGUCAACAACUGACCGGUGCUAGUGUCCAGGAUUAUGGUUUACGUCUGCCUAACAAAGUGAGUCGGGCCAUUGCCGGGGAAUACAAGUUGGAAGUAACCAAUCCGACUUCACCAGCUUUGACAUUUGUCUUCAACGUCGCCGUGGUUGGUCCACCUAAAUUUCAGGACGUUGAUUGUAUGGAUGACCUAUUUUACGUCAUGGAGGAUGAGACGUAUCGAACGGAAUGCAAAGUCAACCCUGGCGUCUCUUCUAUCAAGGUGGGCGUCAAUGGAAUAGAAGGCCAGACAACAAAGGACUUGCGUCGACGUCUCAGUAAUGCCCUCGAUCUGGCCAAUAAACCAAUCAGUCAGUUGAAAAUUCAGUUCACUGUGUCAGGCGAUGAUAAGGAGGGUCGAAAGGUGGAAGUGACUGUCGGUCCGUUGAAGCCCAGCCAAAACUUCCGCUUGUCAAUCAAGGCUGCGAAUGAAAACGGACAGUCCCAAGUGGCUGGAACUAUACGUGUAGUUCUCAAGGUUCACAUCUCCAUCCACCUCCCUCGCAGCACCAGUCCCAGACUGCCGUUGGAGCGCAUAACGAAGAGGAAAACAGAGGCCACUGUGAUUUUGUAUUCUACUUGGUUUACCAGGUCCGUGGCACCAGUCACAGCUUAA